AGGGGGAACCACGAGCUAGUCUCUUGUGUUUGUUUUGCUACUCGUCUUGUCUGUUUGUUCGUCUAACUGGAGCGAGUUAAAUAAGACAUCAGAAUGACUAAACUGGACCGCCUGAACUCUUUCAUGACCGAGCGCUUGAUGGCGGCUGUGAAGGAGAUCAUCUUCACUGUGGGCAAAACGGUCCGCGAGUACGAGGAGGAAACGGAGCGCGUCAAGAGCGAGAACGAGCGGCUGAAGGAAAUGCUCCGAGACUCCGGGCGCGUCGCCGCCGAACACGCGAGUAUAGCUGCUCCAGUGCAAUCUUACCAGCCCGUCUCCCCCGGGCAGCCCGGAUGGAUCUGCAGCCAGAAUGAGGAGCCAGAACCCUUUGAAGAGAUCCAGCAGGACCAAAGCCAGACACGCAGCGAACAACAUGCGCUCAUAAAACCAGAAAAGCCAGAAUACUCUCCUGAUACUUACCGGGAAUCUGUAGCUUUGCCAUCUAAAGCUAACAACAACGAGAGCUCACACCUGUGCCUCAAUCACACUGACACGAAUCCCAACGAGGAUGAGAUGACAAACUGCCAGUUCCCAACGAAAAUCAAAGUAGAAUCCAUGAACUCGUGUUCGGGUGACGCAAUGGGAAGCAAUGAAGACGCAUAUCAGAGCUGGUCACCACACAGUCUAGAAAUCCCUUUGGACCACUAUAGAGCACAAAACCAAAAUCAGCCAACGUACGACAGCAGUGAAGCUGUUCCGACAUUAUCUCAGCACAGCAGCUCAUCUCAUGAUGCCGGCCACGUUUCAUAUCAUAACAUACUCUGUACCAACAGAAAACACUGUAACAGUAAAUGUUGUGAAAUGCAAAAGAGGACAAUCGCCAAAUCCAGCCCUGUAUGGAAGUAUUUCUCUCUAAAAGAGGGAGACUGUAGCAAAGCGGUGUGCCUUAUGUGUAGGGCCAUAAUAUCACGCGGUCGCAAAGAGUACACCACAUCGGCCCUUCUAAAGCACCUUCGGAUGAAACAUGGAAAUGCGCUAAUCUUUGGCAGCGCUAAGAAGAGGCGAAUGAAAGAGAUUACAAGAAAGAUUGUGUGAAAACCACUGUCAGUCAGCAUGGACACUGGCUAUUGCGCAUCACGGCCAACCGUUGAGUGCAUUUAUACUAAAUGUUUCAUCAAAAUGAACAUAUGUAGUGGGUUUUCUGAAAUGUUUCUGUAAUGUUAGCAUUGUUUGUAUGGUUUAUAUAAGUCCUACAGCUUGAAAAAAGCAUCAGUCUUGAUUACACUAGUGCAAACAAUGACAUGCUGUUGUAAACAGUGAGUCUGCACUAAAUACACUGAGACGUGACAUUAGAAAUGGUGCUACACAAUCCACAAAUCUCUGCCAGUAAACUGAUGGCUCAUUUAGUUUUACACAUGCAGACUUUUGCAGAAAAUUACAAGAGAUCGUGUGUGAACAGGCCCUUAUUUAAAAGUACUUGAAUUUUUUUUUUAAUUCUGGCAAUUUCCCGGAAUGAGCAGUUGUAACUUUUUCAAGUAAAUUGCCUGAAUUCCAGAGUAGGGUCUGCCUGCGGACUGCAAGACAGGCGGAACAUGAAGGGGCGUAACUUGUAGUACAUUAGAGGCGUAACUUGAAGUUAUGGAGUCCCACAAGUCAAAACUAUGUUGUCGGCAAGAUGGCUACACCUUCCCCAAACCUAACCCAACCAUCAUUUUUAACGUCUACACCUACCCCAACCCUGCACCCAACCAUCAGUUAUUAACGUCUACACCUUCCCCAAACCUACACCCAACCAUCAUAGAUAUUAACGUCUAUACUACCCCAACCCUAAACCCAACCAUCAUUUUUAAC